GUGGGCAGAGAGGGACAGGGGAGGCAGACUGAAAAGGAAGCACGACUCGCUUAUCGCGUCAUUCUGGGUUUAGGCGGAGAGCAGGAAACAGCCUUUCCUCUCGGAUAGUCGCAGUCGGAACAAACACACAUUUUUGUCUUUGCUCAAUGCAACCCUCAGCACAGAACACGCGGAAGCCGGUCAGAAGGAAAAAUGCCUCCUUCGAUAGAGAUAGCUGUCCUGCUUCUCGGCGUCCUGGUUUUGGAGACGCGCCUGAGUGCCAGCGCGCUGCACAUCCAACAGGCGUUCGCGUCUCCAAGUCAGACCAAUAACUUCGCGGUGGACCCGGUGUCCAGGAGAGUCUACCUGGCCGCCGUCAACAGGCUUUACCAGCUCAACGGGACCCUGAACCUCGAGGUGGAGAAGGGGACCGGGCCGGUGGAGGACAACCUGUUGUGCCACGCGCCACAGCUGCCCCAGGCUCCAUGCGAGCAUCCAAAAUCCCUCACGGACAACCACAACAAGCUCCUGGAGCUGGACCGGGAGCAAGGGGUCGUGGUGGUGUGUGGAUCCGUGUACCAGGGCUUCUGCGAGCUCAGAAAGAUGGAUAAUAUUUCCGAGAUUGCGGUGGAGUUCCCACCUCAGGGCGAGAAGACCGUGUUCCCCAGCAUGCUCAACAUCGCUGCCAAUCACCCGAACGCGUCCACUGUGGGACUCAUCUUCAAGAGCCACGGGGGAAACACCCGGCUCCUUGUUGGGGCGACGUACACAGGGGCUGGUACCCAGUUUUUCCCCAAGAACCACAGCAAGGAGGACCUGCGUUUCGAGAACACCCCGGAGAUCGCCAUUCGCUCCUUGAACAUUAAGGAUUUAUCUAAACUUUUCACAUACGACAUUAACCCGUCAGAGGAUAAUGUCUUCAAGAUCAAGCAAGAGGUUAAAACCAAAAACAAGCUGAACUUCGUGCACGCUUUCAUACAGAAGAGUUAUUCCUAUAUUGCCUUCAACAAUGAUGCCAAAACGGGCCACAAGGAGAGCCAGCCCAACAGCAUCCUCUCUAGGAUAUGUCUGGAUACCGAGAACCCACGAAAAUCCUCCGGGCCGGAGAGCAGGAAGCUCACCGAGUCCUACAUCCAGAUGCCUCUACAGUGCGGAUUUAACGGGAACAUUUACAACCGGCUGAUGUCCGUGUACCCCGCGGAGAUCCUCACGGCCGAUGAGAAAAGCCCAAAGUCGUAUCUGUUUGGAGUGUUCUCCAAGGCGGACAGAAAGUCUGCCCUGUGCGCCUUCAAGUUUGGAGACAUCGAGGAGGAGAUUCGACAGGGCCGCAGGAACUGCUCCAACUCUCCCAGCAGCGAUGUUCAGGUGCUGGACAGCGUUAUCCAGGGCUCCGGGGCAGUCUGCAUCCAGAAGGGAAACCUGGUGCUGCAGUCCGAGCAGCUGGACUGCGGGGCGGCCCACCUGCAGCACCCUCUGGCUCUACGGAGACCCCUGAGGGCCAUUCCUCUCUUCGAAUACCCAGGCCUCACUUCGGUGUCUGUGGACAAUGUGCACAACCACACUGUGGUUUUUCUGGGAACCGGCAAUGGACGUCUUCGUAAGCUCACCUUCCUGCCGAACAUGACCCUGGCCGGUCAGUGGACACUGAAGCUGCCUCCCAGCGAAGCCGUCCACCACAUCAUGACCUUCGACCCUAACGACAGAAACUUCCUUUAUCUCAUGACCUCCCACCACAUGCUGAGAGUGAAAGUGGCAGAUUGCGACCAGUGGAGGACCUGCGGCGACUGUCUGGGAGCGGGUGACGCCCACUGUGGCUGGUGUACUCUGGAGAACAGAUGUACCAUCCAGAAGGAGUGCGCUCAGGAGCUGCUGUCACGCUCGUGGAUCAGCAUGGGCGAGGGCCCCCAGCAGUGUCCGUCCAUGACCCUGACGCCUCCGGAGAUCAGCAUCUCAGCCGACAUCAAGAAUGUUGGCAUCCUGAUAAAUGGCAGCGUUCCUGAUCUGAUUGGCUCCCGGGUGGAGUGUGAAUAUGGACCCGGGUUUUCUACAGCUGCCACAGUGCACCUCGAUUACGGCCCCGCUCAGAUCCAGACCUGUCCCCUGCUCCCCAGAGAAAACUACCAACCGAUCCUCCCUGGCACAGAUCACCUGACUGUUUCUGUGGCGAUAAAAGUGAAUGGCACAUCUGUGGUAUCUGGGAGCUUCAUCAUCUAUGACUGCGAGAGGACUGGAGCAAUACACCCCAAGACGUCAUGUGUGAGCUGCCUGAGCACUCGGUGGAAAUGUUACUGGGACCAAGAGAACCACCUAUGUGUCUCCAACAAAGAUGACUCAAAGCACAGUCUGCUGGAGAGUGCCGCUUCCUGCCCCAGCCUGGUCGCCUCAGAGGUCCCUCCGUCUCCGUCAGGAAUGGCCCAAGACUUCACCAUAUCCCUGAGCAACAUCCAGGAGGGGGAGAGUCUGGAGUGCGACUUCGAAACGGAGCAGCGAUACGAGGCCACAUGGCUGGACAGCUCGACUGUCAAGUGCAGUGCCGUGACACUGUCCACCAAUCAGAGGAGUCAGAUUUACCACCUCAACCUGAGGAGGAGAGGACACUUCAACGGACACAGGGAGGAGAUAUUCGUUGACAGUCCUCAGCCGAUGAAAGUGGAGGUGUACAACUGUGGAGUGGGUAGUUCGGACUGCUCUCAGUGCUGGGGCCGGGAGGAUCAGGGGCACCUCUGUGGCUGGUGUGAAAACAGCUGUAGGCCGAGAGAUGACUGCCAGCCAAUCCUAGAGCAGUGUCCAGCUCCGGAGAUCCACAAGAUCUCCCCCCUGAAGGGUCCAGUGGAAGGAGGCACCCAGCUGACAGUACAGGGCCGGAACCUGGGCCGCAGGGCUGGGGCAGUCAGGGUCUCCAUAGGAAAUGUGCCGUGCACUCUGCAGCCCGAACUCUACACUGUCUCCACAGAGCUGGUGUGUCUCACGGGGAGGUCUGAACAUGACAAGGCAGAUAUUGUCCGAGUGGAUGUGGAGCAGAGUGGGAUGGGCACGUCGAAGGAGAGCUUCUCGUACUUAGUCCCAAAGCUGCUUUCCAUGGAGCCGAGCAAGGGCUCCCGUGCUGGAGGAACUAGAGUGAUCAUCAGAGGGGAAAACCUGGACAUUGGCUCCCAGGUUAGAGUCAAGGUCAACAACACACUGGACUGCAUCAUCACGGAUAAAACAGAUCAGACGAUUGAAUGCACCAUGCCCCCAGCCCUGCACGCAUACACCGACUCAGUGUCGGUGUGCGUGGAGUUUGAAGACUUUCCAUGCCAGGGCGAUUCCCUUAGCGCCACAUACACCUAUGAGAAGAACCCCACUAUCAGCUUCAUCCACCCCAAAAAGAGCUUCCUGAGUGGUGGCAGGACCAUCACAGUUACAGGCCAGGGUUUUGAUCUGGUGCAGAGUGCCACCAUGCAAGUGCUGGAAAUCGGACAAACAAGCUGCACCGUGCUCUCCCCCUCCACCAUCACCUGCCCGUCCCCAGCAUCCAGCCAGUCCCAGCAGACCUCGGUGCAGUUCUUCCUGAAUGGAGUCCCCUACACGGGAGACGGCCCUUCCUCCUUCAAUGACGAGCCGGAGGAGGAGGAGGAGGAACCUCACAAAGGGCACUUCAUGUUGGAAUACGUGGAGGACCCUCAGUUCUUCACCGCCAGCAAGGAGAAGCUGAUUAAACACCAUCCGGGAGAGCCACUGACACUCAUCAUCAACAAGGUGCAGAGCGAUCUGGAACUGGUGCCGGACGAAUACUCUGUGAUGGUUGGCUCCUAUCCCUGUAACAUCAGCUUCCACAACGACCAGCUGUUCCACUGCACCAUCAACGGACUGCUCAGCUCCAGCGAAAGGGAGCUGCCCGUCACUGUGCAAGUGGGGAACUUCCACCACACCAUCGCCAAAGUGCAGCUCGGGGGCAGCGAACUGGCCAUCGUGGUGUCCAUUGUGGUGUGCUGUGUGCUGCUGCUCCUCUGCACCGUGGCUCUCGUGGUGUACUGCACAAAGAGCCGAAGGGCAGAGCGCUACUGGCAGAAAACCCUUCUCCAAAUGGAAGAGAUGGAGUCCCAGAUCAGAGAGGAGAUUCGUAAAGGCUUUGCAGAGCUGCAGACAGACAUGACUGACCUGACCAAGGAGCUGAAUCGCAGCCAGGGCAUCCCCUUUUUGGAGUACAAACAGUUUGUCACGCGCACGUUCUUCCCCAAGAUGUGCUCAGAUUACGAGAAGAGCCUGGUCCAGCCCGUCUACGAGAAUGAUGGCCUGGGCCCUCGAGCGCUGCCAGAGACCCACCCACUGCUGCAGGACUGGCAGGCCACCGACACAACACGGCCCAACAUAGAAGAGGGCAUCACUCUGUUCUCCACUCUGCUCAAUAACAAGCACUUCCUCAUCACGUUUGUCCACGCCUUGGAGCAGCAGAAGGACUUUGCUGUACGAGACAGAUGCAGCCUGGCGUCCCUGCUCACCAUCGCCCUCCAUGGAAAGCUCGAGUACUACACCAGCAUCAUGAAAGACCUGCUGGUGGACCUGAUCGACGCCUCGGCUUCCAAGAACCCCAAACUGAUGCUGCGGCGCACGGAGUCCGUCGUGGAGAAAAUGCUGACCAACUGGAUGUCCAUCUGCAUGUACAGCUACCUCAAGGAAACUGUGGGUGAGCCCUUCUUCCUGCUGCUGUGUGCAAUCAAGCAGCAGAUCAACAAGGGCUCCAUAGACGCCAUCACGGGGAAGGCCCGCUACACCCUCAACGAGGAGUGGCUGCUCCGUGAGAAUAUUGAGGCCAAGCCACAGAACAUCAACGUGUCCUUCCAGGGCUGCGGCAUGGACUCACUGUCAGUCAGGGUCAUGAAUACUGACACAAUCUGCCAGGUUAAGGAAAAAAUCAUAGAAGCCUUUUAUAAAAACCUGCCAUUCUCCCAGUGGCCCCGAGCGGAGGAUGUAGACCUGGAGUGGUUUGACUCUGGCAGCAACAGUAAGCUUCUUCAGGACCUGGACAACUCCUCGUUGAUGGAGGAUGGUCGAAAGAAGCUCAACACAGUCUUCCAUUACCAGAUCCCAGAGGGGGCAUCGCUGGCCAUGAGCAUGCAAGACAAGAAAGAGAACACCAUUGGGAGAGUCAAAGAUCUGGAUACCGAGAAGUAUGUACACUUGGUCCUACCUCACGAUGAGCUGAUGGAGAACAAGAAAUCGCACAGGCAGAGCCAUCGCAAGAAAGUGUUGCCUGAGAUCUACCUGACGCGCCUGUUGUCCACAAAGGGAACUCUUCAGAAGUUCUUGGAUGACCUCUUCCAGGCCAUCCUGAGCAUCCCUCCAGAACGCCCCCCUCUGGCCGUCAAAUACUUUUUCGACUUCCUGGAAGAGCAGGCUGACAAACGUGGCAUCACAGACCCAGACACCCUGCACAUCUGGAAAACCAACAGUUUACCUCUCCGUUUCUGGGUGAACAUCCUGAAGAAUCCUCAGUUUGUGUUUGACAUUGAUAAGACAGAUCACAUGGACGCCUGUCUAUCUGUCAUCGCCCAGGCCUUCAUUGAUGCCUGCUCCAUUUCUGACCUGCAGCUUGGCAAGGAUUCUCCUACCAACAAGCUGCUGUAUGCCAAGGAGAUCCCAGAGUAUAAGAAGCGAGUGCAGUGCUACUACCAGCAGAUACAGGAAAUGGCACCUCUCAGCGAGCAGGAGAUGAACGCUCACCUGGCCGAGGAGUCCCGAAAAUACAGAAACGACUUCAACACCAACCUCGCCUUGACCGAGAUCUACAAAUAUGCCAAGAGAUACAGAAACCAGGUGGUGAACGCUCUGGAGUCGAACCCCACCGCACGUCGCACUCAGCUGCACCACAAGUUCGAGCAGGUCAUCGCCCUCGUGGAGGACAACAUCUACGAGUGCUGCAGCGAAGCCUGAACCUGCCAGUCUCUUCCUUCUGCUGCCAGCUGCCUUCCUCCCGCCGACGUGGUUACUUGGGAAUGACGCUCACUGAGGAGUUGUUCUUCGUAUGUGUCAAGAUCGUUCCCGCAGACUGACACGGGUGAAAAUUAUCAGAGCUAAAGACUUAAACCUGCCUCUCAAGCGUCACACAUUUGCAACGCGUUCCUCCUCUCACCCGAGGAUGCCAAGUAAUUUUCCCAAACCUUUUACCAACGACAGAGACAGAAUUCCAGUCUAGCUCAACUAAUCUUUAGAGGGAAGGCGUAGGAGCUCAGAGGCUUUUUUUCUGGAUGUCUUUACUCUUACUGGGACCUACAGUAAGCCCUGGUGGCAAUCUUAACGCACUGAACCCUUUUCUCAAGGGAACGAGCCAAUGAUGCACUGUACUGUAAUAUAAUGUCCAUAGCAAUAUUUAUAGAUGUGUUAUAAUGCUUUCAAGUGGCCUGUUCUCAUCAGGAUUAGUAUGCCCAUGAUGAACUCCUCAUUCUCCUAAAGCCUGCACUGUUCUCAGGUGUGCUUGAUGAAGAUGGGCGACGGACUUCCUCUGGUGCUUUGAACAAUACGUCCCAGUGUGCUUUGCAGGUUGAUGACGGGUUGAGGAGGAGUGGAGAGAAGAAGAUAUAAAUGACUGAAAUCUAUUAAAUCAAAUGUAAUGUAGUUCACUGGGAAGAGCUGCAUCCGUAUACAAGUGUUGAUCAGUGUGCUUGUAAAUGAAUGAAUAUCAUGUUGGAUUCUGACCAGUUUAAAAGAGGGAAAUUUACAUUUAAAAAGAAGAAGAAGAAGAAGCUCAAUAUAAUCAGAGGAGAGAGCGUAUUUGUGAUGCCAAAUGACUUGUCAGAGUUUGUGAAAUAAAUUACAGUAUUUAGGAUUUUAAA